AUGAACCCCUCCGGGCUGGAGAGGCAGCAACCUUCCCUUGCUGCAGAGCACCAGCCUUUAGGCCUCUCAACGCAGCCCAUCUGGCGCCAGCUGUGGGACGAUGUGAUGAAAACCAGGCCGCCCAACUCGGAGAACAUAACUUGUUGGAGGAAGAAGUUCCUUGAAACAUUCUUCUCAAACGUUCUUCAUGGUGUCCUGGAUGUUUCUUCUGACUGGCGUCUCAAUGACCAUCACUUUUCACCACUGCUUCACAGCUCCCCCCACGUUUCCCAGCUCACCCUCUGCAACAUGCUGCAGGGCGCGGUGGAACUUGCUGCUGAGCACAACCAGAAAGUGCUUGAAAACCUGGCUGGUUCCCUGAGGAUCCUGAAGUUCCAGCACCUCCUCUCCUCCGACCAGUCCAUCAGGCGUUCGCUGGUUUUACUUCUUCACCGGCUGAUUCACCACGGCUCUGUCAGCCAAGUGUCCAUGUACUCCUGGCCUGUUCCUGACACGGUUCUGCUUGUUCUCAUUUUGAGCAUGAGUGCUGGGUUCUGGCGCUCGGGAAACGCCCUCGCCUAUCACAGCAGCCCGUGUGGCCUUUGCAGAGAGGUGGACAAAGCCCAAAGCCAGGAGUCAGCACAAGAGCGAGCAGAGCGGGUCCUUUGUGGCGAGAGGGAGCAGAGUGAUGGCAAGAACCAGAAGGGAUCCCCCAGAGCCCAGGAGGAGGCUGAUGUGGAGGUGAAUGGAUGCAGGGCUGACACCCACCCGAACCCUGUUCUCUCUGGACCAAGAAGUCCUCCUCUGCAAAACCAAGCAUGUGUGGAGGCAAGCAGCGAGGUGCCCUGUGACCACAGUAGCAUUCAGGGAGGAUCUUCCCCUCGUUGCACCUCAGAGCAGCUGUCCUGUCACCCCAUUCUUCAAAAGACACGCAGACGGCUGAAAUCUGCAGUGGGGAAGAAACGUCGCUGCCUCCGACGAAACAGGGGACCACGUGCUGACCCAGAAGACCUGUAUGAUUUUGUUUUUACUGUUGCAAGAGAGGAUAAUUCAGGGUUUCUUGACAAAAACGAUGCCACAGAGGGAGAAGAUACUGAGAACUGGACUGUUUCCUCCUCAGGAUCUCUGUGCACUGGCCACGCCGGAUGUAAGAAAAGAGGAGGAUCUGCUGGGACCUUUUCUCUGAAAGUUGCUCACCGCUUCCGAAGUGUAUCCACACUGGAAUUGUUCUCCAUUCCUUUGACUGGGGAAACAUGUCGGACCCUGAGUAACCUGCUGAGCUCCUGGGUGUCUUUAGAAAACUUGGUUCUGUCUUACAAUGGCCUGGGUGCUAACAUCUUCUGCAUCCUCUCUGGGCUCCGGGCCCUCUCCCGCCACUCGGACUGCCAGCUCCGCGUGUUGCGCCUCAGCGACAUCUUCUCCCACAUGCCUUGCAUGGAGCUCGUUCACUGCGUCCUGAGCGCCUUUCCCCAGCUCCACACGCUCUCAGUCAGCUUCGACCUCAAAAACCAGCUGGAGGGCAACAGGCCAGAGGGGAAUCCAAGCUGCAGUGAGGCAGAAAUCCCAGAGAGCUGCCUGGAGCAGUUGGAGAUCCGAUUCCCCAGGGAUCCUCUGCACACUGCNUUCCUGCUGCCAGUGCUCAAGGCAUCGAAGUCCCUCCAGCAGUUGUCCCUUGACAGUGCCACGCUGCCCUGUUCGCAGGAGCUUGGGCUCCUUUUGAAAGCCCUCAAAGAGUGUAAUCCAAAUUUGAAGAAGCUGAGCUUUCACGAUGUGAACCUGGCUGAGCACCAGAAAGAAGUUCUGCUUUUGCUUCAGGAUCCUGUCCUGCAAGAAAUCACAUUUUCCUUCUGCCGGCUGUUUGAAAGCUCCACUACUGAGUUUUUGUUGGAAAUAAUCAAUACAGUGAAAAGAAAUUCAUCUUUGAAGAGCCUCAAACUGCCUGGGAAUCGCCUUGGGAAUCACAGGCUGGUUGCCCUUGCAGAUAUUUUCUCUGAAGAUUCAUCCUCUUCUCUUUGCCAGCUGGAUGUCAGUUCAAAUUGCAUCAAACCUGAUGGGCUCCUGGAGUUCACCAAGAAGCUGGAAGGCCACAUCCAGCAGAGAGGGGGACAGAUUCAAUUCACACACCUCCGCCUCUUCCAAAAUUGGCUGGACCAGGAUGCUGAAACAGCUCAGGAAGCCCUGCGGCGUCUCAAAGCUGUGUGCAGUGUGGUCAAUGACUCCUGGGACUCCUCCCAGGCCUUUGCUGACUACAUCAGUGUCAUGUGA